CCGGUUUCGUUGAUCAAAACCUUCCGUCCGUGAUUUUCCAAACAUAUCCGAGCUACAGAAAGGAUUUUGUGGCGCAUAAACAUCGCGUCGCCAUUUUUUUUUAAAAGAACAAGAACAAAAACAAAACAAAAACAAAACCAAAAAACGGGCGCGUGAGAGACUGAGCGCAGCAUCAGCACCAAACCGCAGCAUCCUCCGGCAUCAGACAUCUGUCUGCUUCCUGCUUUAGAGAAUUCAUCUGAUUAGCAGAGAAUGAGUGACGAGGAGAACCCUGCUGCUGAACCUGUGCAGGUUCUGGAUGUCCAGGGUGAUGGACGCUGGAUAUCACAGCACAACCGCUUCGUGCAGGAAUGUAAAGAUGCAGAACCUGACGUGCUGUUUGUAGGGGACUCCAUGGUUCAGCUGAUGCAGCAGUAUGAGGUUUGGCGAGAGUUGUUUUCUCCACUCCAUGCGCUCAACUUUGGGAUUGGAGGAGACACGACGUGCAACGUUCUGUGGAGGCUGCAGAACGGAGAACUGGAGAACAUCAGGCCACGGGUGGUGGUGCUGUGGGUAGGAACCAAUAAUCACGAGCACACAGCAGAGCAGGUCGCAGGGGGCAUCGUGACCAUAGUACAGCUGCUCAUCUCACGCCUUCCCAAGGCCAAGAUCGUCGUCCUGGGUCUGUUACCCAGGGGCGAGUUCCCCAACCCUCUGAGGGAGAAAAACGCAGCAGUAAACACCUACCUGCGCUGUGCCCUUCCUCGUCUCGGACCCAUACAGUUCCUGGACGUGGGUGGCGGCUUUGUGCACUCUGACGGCACCAUUUCCAGCCGAGAUAUGUUUGACUUCCUGCACCUGACGGCCAGUGGGUACGGUGCCAUGGCCACGCCCCUGCACGAGCUGCUGCUCCAGCUGUUGGAGGAGACACCGCAGGAAAGGCGGGCCUCGCUCGUGUAAGAGAAGAUGACGGGGUGCAGGAAUCUGUCUCAUUCUUUAAGUGGAACAUGUACAUCAUUACAUAUUAUAUGCGGAGAGAGAGAGAGAGUGAGAGAGAGAGAGAGAGAGAGAGUGAGAGAGUCAUAAAUGUUGGCAAAAUGUGGAAAAAAUGUUCUUUCAGAAAUAUGUAUUUUAAUCACUUGUUUUUUUUUCUAAUGUGCUUUAACUUAUUUAAGUGUUGAGACUUAGGCAAAGUCCUCACAAAUCACCCAAGCACUGUGUGUGUGUGUGUGUGUGGGCUCGCAUGUUUGUGUGUGUGCGCAUGUUUGUGUGUGUGGGCGCGCGCAUGUUUGUGUGUGUGUGUGCGCACGUUUGUGUGUGUGCACACGUGUGUGUGUGUUCGUGUGUGUGUAUUUGUGUGUGUGUGGGUGUGUGUGUGUGGGCUCGCAUGUUUGUGUGUGCGCGCAUAUUUGUGUGUGUGUGUGGGCGUGCGCAUGUUUGUGUGUGUGUGCGCACAUGUUUGUGUGUGCACACGUGUGUGUUUUUGUGUUUGUGUUCGUGUGUGUGUAUUUGUGUGUGUGUGCGGGCGCACGUGUGUGUUUGUGUGUGCACGCAUGUUUGUGUGUGCGUGUAUGUUUGUGUGUGUGCGCAUGUUUGUGUGUGUGUGGGCACGCGCAUGUUUGUGUGUGUGUGUGUGUGCGCACAUGUUUGUGUGUGUGCACACGUGUGUGUUUUUGUGUGUGUGUAUUUGUGUGUGUGUGUGUUGGUGUGUGUGUGUGUGUGGGCUCACAUAUUUGUGUGUUUGCGCAUGUUUGUGUGUGUGUGUGGGCGUGCGCAUGUUUGUGUGUGUGUGCGCACAUGUUUGUGUGUGUGCACACGUGUGUGUUUUUGUGUUUGUGUUUGUGUGUGUGUAUUUGUGUGUGUGUGCGGGCGCACGUGUGUGUGCACGCAUAUUUGUAUGUGCGUGCAUGUUUGUGUGUGUGCGCAUGUUUGUGUGUGAGCACGUGUGUGUGUGUGUGCACGCACAUGUGUGUGUUUGUGUGAGCCACCUCAGUAAACUGGAUAAUAAACACUGACACCGUGUGCACCUUUGAUGCUUUAGUGUAGCACUGAUACUGAUACUGAUACGGAUACUGAUACUGCCAGCUUCUUACACACGUUUCCAGAAGGAUCUGUUCAGUAUGGAAUGAAGAUGGCUGCUGUGUCACCGAAUUACACACAAACAUACACACUGCCCAAAGCUAUAACUUACAGUGUUCAUCCACUGGAGUUACAAGGCUAAUGUAGGCUAAUGUAUCCCCCAAAUUGUUUCCUAUAAAUAAACCUCUAAAUCUUUAUACGCACAUUUCCCACAUCAGCUCCAUGAUUUCAUUUACAAAGUAAAAAUUAAAUUAUAUAUUAUAUUAGCAUCUGCUACCUUUGUAGCUUUUCUGUACAAGAAAACAAGAUUUUGUGCAGAUUUUGCUGAGCACAAAGUUAAAAAUGGGAUUCCAGUUGUCCAAGAUGGCUGACAAGAAAUACAAAUUUAACCAAGCAGUGGACAUUUUGUUAGUUAUACGUCUACAACAUUAGCUCUGUAGCUAAUCGCAGCUUGGAUGAUUGACUACACUUAGCCUCUCUUUCUCUUUCACUGGCCUUCAUCUUUUUUGUAUUGUUUUUUUUUUUCCAGAGUAGCUUAAAGGAAUUUGUGUGUGUGUGUGUGUGUGAGAGAGAGAGAAUGUUAUGUACAGAAACAGAAUCCAUCUAUCUUAAAAUAUUUUAAACUUCACAAAGUGUGUGUGUGUGUGUGUGUGUGUGUGUGUUAGUUCCAUCUCUGUAUAUAUACAGUCAAUACAUGCCUGCGUAGCUGUUUGUGAAACUGUGCUAACGUUUCCUGUCAGCCAGUGAGUGUUAGCUUAGCUACUCUGUCACACACUGAAGAAAGCGCUGUGUGAAACUUUCCAUUAAAGAAGGAAUAAUGUCACAACUUUA